AUGGGUCGCAAGAAUCGACCAGCAGCCCCGGCUGAUACCCGCCCGUCCGAUCAUGGACAUUUUCCAGCCGCCCCGAACCGGCAGCACAAUCAGCGCGCCUCGACUGGUACCGGUCAGGACGUCCGCGAGCAACUGUGGUGGGAUCCUUCGACCAAGACCUUCCACGUCGACAGCACCCUGACUCACUACGCCCGAGAGCUCGGGGACAUCAACGUGGUUGCUUACCGCGCCCGGGACAUGCCCUUGCCUCAGCAGGUCCCGGGCGGGCUCUGGAAUCGGGCGGGUAGCCGUAUUGUUCGCCCUUUUCGAGAUCUUCAUCUCAUCUUCAUCUCAUCUGCAAAGACAUCGGAGCAGUGGUCAUGGCUCGGAGAGAGAUGA